AUGGGUAGCUUGUUGGCUCAAGAAAACGAGGAUAAGGUCGAGACUGCCGUCUACUACCUAAGCAAGAGAAUGACAGGGUACGAAUUGAACUAUUCAACACCCGAGAAAGUGUGUUGGGCACUCGCAUGGGUCACCAAAAGACUAAGACAUUAUAUGCAAGCCCACCCCAUCAAGUUGGUGUCCAGGCUUGACCCAAUCCAUUAUCUAUUUCAACGUACGUUGUUGUCGCCUAGAUUCGCUAAAUGGAUGAUGAUGAUCUCCGAAUACGACAUCACGUAUAUGGCUCAAAAAUAUGUUAAAGGAAGUGUUAUCGCGGACUUCCUAGCAGAUCAACCUAUCAUAGUCGAGCCUUCUUUCGAACUCGACUUUCCUGAUGACUCCAUAAUGUCUAUAACUUCAGACACAUGGAAGUUAAUGUUUGAUGGAGCCUCCUCCAAGCAUGGUUACAGAAUUGGAAUUCUCUUAAUAGAUCCCCAAGGAACCUACAAUCCCAUCUCUAUUAAGUUAGAGUAUUCUGUAACCAACAAUGAGGCUGAGUACGAAGCAUGUCUCUCAGGUCUCAAAAUCGCAUACGAAAGAGGAGCAACUAAAUUAGACGUAAUCGGCGACUCUAAUCUGGUUAUAUCCCAAGUUAACGGAACAUGGCAAGUACGAGGAAAAAAUCUCAAACCUUAUCACACUUGCCUACUCCGUUUUAUCGACAAGUUCGAUCAUGUGUCUUUUAUACACACCCCAAGAAGCCAAAAUCGCUUUGCCGAUGCUUUGGUCACGCUAGCAGCUAUGACCCAAAUUCCUGUUGGAAUUAAGGUCAAACCUCUGAAGAUCCGUCAAAAACGAAAAUCCGAUUUCGAAGUUGGAGUGGAAGCCUCCGUUCAAGUGCCCACUAAACUAUGGUUCGAUAUCCUUCAAAACUACAUUGUGUAUGGAGAAUAUCCGUCCCACUUCCGAGCUAAGGAAUGA